AUGGCGGUUUUUGCAACAUCAGCCAUGGACGAGCUGGCUCACAUCUUCAAGAGACAAGCAAAGUGUGUAACAUGUCCUGACACUCCACCAAGUUGCAAAACCUUCGUUUGCGAAGCAGGCACAACCUGUAUCCUUCAAGUCCAGUCUUGCGAUUCUUGUGCUGCGGCUUCUUGUCAGAGGAUUUCAAAAGUCCAGCCGAAUGCACCUCAACAGCAAGCCGACAAUAAGAGCGGGGCACCUGUCGGAGCUAUCGUCGGCGGUGUCUUUGCUUUCGUCGUCAUUAUAUGUGUCGCCGCAUUCUUCCUCAUCCGAAGGAACAAGAAGAAGCAGAAGGAGGCGUAUGAGGCUAGCGUUGCGGCUUGGGCAGUCGAGAAGGAUAACAAUUCGUAUGGCGGGCUACGAGAUGCCCGACAGUCAACCCAGUCGAUUGGCUCCAUCGCUUCGACUGUACUAACCCGGGCUUCAAACGUAAUCCAAAUCGCAUACAUCCCAGGUGUCACCAACAGAUCCAACCCGAACUCGCCUGGCCUUCUCGGAGUUCCUCCUGUUCCUUCGAUCCCUGGUCAACAUCUAUCUCAAGAUGGAGGAGACCAUUUCUUCUCGGCAGGUGAUAUCGCUCGACAGUCUGUUUGGUCCACGAACUCGGGAUAUACUAUCGGCACCGACCCUCGCGCUUCAGUCGCGACCACAAUCUACAGGAGCAAUGCCAUCGUUUCGCCACUUGCAGCCACUGCUACUGUCGUUCGUGCUAAACCAGCCGUUGUCCAAGUGAAGAGUUCUCCAGCUAUCAGCACCUCAUCGUCACCAAACUUGUCCGCAUCAAACACACCGCCCGUUCCAUCUAUCGACCUUUCUAGAUACCAGACUGAUGAUGGAAUGUUGGCCCCUGGUAUGGCCGAUCGACCACCACAAUCCCCUGCUUUCUCUGUUGGUUCCACAUUCUUGAACAAGAAAUCUAUGACGCCAGUUCCAGAGGAAGAUAGGGGAGAACCUCAUUCACCUACCCUUGGAAACGAAGAAACAUCGCCAUUCUCAGAUAGGGCUUCCAUAUUGACUGACACUGUUGCCCCUCUCAACAUCAAGGGCCGAGCAUCGCCAGCCAGACAUAUGGAAGGGGAUAUCCGAAUGAGCUUCCGUCCGAUCUCUGAGGCCGAACCCGACAACAUGCCAACAUCCAGCAGAGGAAGAAGCCCUUUCGCCGACGAGAACAGAGUUGAAAGGCCGUAG